GUAAAGGGUUAAUCCAACAUGGCGACCUCCGUAGCUAAAUAUUUUUUACUCUCUCGAUGUUCAGGAAUCAUUCGGUCCGUUACUCUACAAGGGAAAUUGCCACCUGUGUGUAUAAGAAAUAGCCAAUGUCCAAGUUUUAGUUAUGGUAACAGAGCGUCUGACAACCCACAGGAUGGACAUGUGAACAUUCCAGUCGACCGUCUCACAGUAUCCUACAGCCGAAGCAGUGGUCCAGGUGGUCAGCAUGUUAACAAAGUCAGCACAAAAGCAGAGGUCCGCUUCCAUGUCUAUACAGCCGAUUGGAUCCCAGAAGACGUUCGACAAAAGAUCAUCUUAAAUAAUAAAAACCGUAUCAACAAGGCAGGGGAGUUGCUGGUGACGUCAGAGCAGAGCAGGAGCCAGCAGAGAAACAUGGGGGACUGCAUCCAGAAGAUCUCUGACAUCAUAGCCAAGGCCACUGAAAAGCCCCACGAGCCUUCAGCAGAGGACAUAGCCCUCAGAGCAUCCAGGUUAGAGAAGAGGAAUAAGGAGAGACUGAAACAGAAGAAGCUCCAUUCAGCAGUCAAGCAGACCAGACGAGUGUGUUUCGACUGAGGGCCGGACACACAAGGAAACAUUCAUUCGUUGUCUGUUUUCUCGUUUAACCAAUAAAUUGAACACUCAAUUUGUUUGAAAGUAUGAAACACUUGUUGAGUUUUUGGAGACAUGCUGAUUUGAGGUGAUUGUUGUGGCUUAAAAUGUUGCAUAAAUUAAAAAUAAAAGCUAUUCAAAGAAUGAG